AGACGCUAAAGUGCCCUUUCGGUCCGAUUUAGGUGCUCCGGAUCGCAAUUUAUACCGAGGGGGACCGCGAUUGUGCCCUUGUGACGCCACGAGUCCCCUGCCCCUUCGGAGGUCUGUGCACGCGCGCGCACACACACACACACACACACACUGCGUCCAGCAGCUCUUCAGCGUUCAGUGUUGUGAACAUAGGCCGUACAACAGUGCUGUGCUGUCACCAGGCUGAGAAGUGCGGCUUCUGCACAUGCUCAGUGUGUCUCCCAUCACAUCACGCGCAAUCAAACAGAGCAUCCUCCUCCAGCCGCCUCCAGGAACUGAUGCUCACGCGUCUGCGACACCUGCCUCUCCGGUCCCAGCCGCGUUUCUCUCUCUGCUUCCCCGUGUCUGUCGCGCUCCCUUUCUCUCAUUAUUCCCCAUGCGAGCAGUCUGAGUCGGAGCGGAGAGGACGUCAUGUCACGCGCACCAGAGGGAUUUCUCUGAAGACUGCAUCUGAUCUGUUAUGGAGUUCAACUCUUCAUCUGUGUUUGAGCAGCACACAGAAGCUGCUGAGGAGGUUGAUCUGAAUGUGGUGUACCAGGCAGCAGCAAACGGAGAUGUGAACACGCUGACGGCCACGAUACGUGAGGACCCGUCCAUCCUCGAGUGCUGUGACAGUGAAGGCUCCACACCGCUGAUGCAUGCUGUGUCUGGGAGGCAGGUGGAUACAGUCAAACUGCUGCUGAAGAUGGGAGCCUCUAUCAAUACACAAGAUGCCUGUGGACGGACGUCCCUCUCUCUAGCGACAUACCUGGGCUGGCUUGAAGGCUGUGUGUGUUUGCUUCGCAACGGUGCAAAACAGAACAUUCCCGAUAAGAACGGACGCUUGCCAAUUCAUGCUGCUACUGCUGAAACUGACUUCAGGCUCAUGGCUGUGCUGCUACAGCAGUCAACACUGUGUGAAAUCAAUCAUCAAGACAAUGAGGGAAUGACAGCUCUUCACUGGGCUUCUUUCCAUAACCGACCUGAGCAUGUGCAGGCCCUGCUGCAGAAAGGAGCCGACCCCACGCUUGUGGACAAAGACUUCAAAACAGCUCUUCACUGGGCUGUGCAGAGCGGCAGCCGGUUAAUGUGUUCUCUCAUUCUUGACCAUCAUCUGGGCUCCUCUGUGAUCAAUUACGAUGAUGAGAACGGGAAGACCUGCGUUCACAUUGCCGCCGCUGCGGGCUUCAGCGACAUCCUCUAUGAACUGUCUCAUGUUCCUGAGACAAACCUGCAAGCUUUAGAUGUGGAUGAACGGACCCCUCUUCAUUGGGCCGCUGCAGCAGGGAAAGAUGACUGUGUGCAGGUAUUGUUGGAGCUGGGAGUGGAGCCCAACCCUCGAGAUAUUAAUGAGAAUACGCCACUCACAUACGCCAUGUACUGCGGUCAUACUGCCUGCAUCAAACUCCUCUCCACUGAAAACAGGUCUGAAUCGAACAGGCCACUGCAUGCUCAAAACAGUGACUCUUCCUUACGCAAGGAGGGGAAAUUUCGCAUGCUGAACCACAUCUUCAGCAAGAAGAAGAAAGAACUGCAUCCUUCUCAGCAGACAGACUUGAGUCAAGAAUGUCAGCUCAAAGAAGAGACGUCUGAGGUGGACGACAUCAUCACUAUGUUUGAAUGUGUUACUGAACCCAGAGAUGAGAGCGAAAACAGCUCUACUGUCAGAAAACGAAAUAAUGAGUCUGAGAAAGUCCACCUCGGUGAGGACACAUCCAGCAAGGACCUCCAAAGUCUCCCACCCAUACGCACACAGAGUCUUCCUCCUAUCACUCUAGGGAAGUCCCUGCUGGUAAACUCUCAGACUUUGGCCCACAGGACCAGCGGAGCUCAUGUGGCAGGACAUUUAGCGCACAGGUCGCAGAAGAGCAAGAGCGAGCAUGACCUGUUUGAUGGCAAAAGUAAGGACCAAAAAGCUGCCGGAUCCAGUCAGAUACUGACUCACAAGGCAUGGAUCUCAACUCCAUCUGAACGGCUGCUUGACAAGCUGCUGCAUGGAUCCUCAAGCCCUUUAGAUGUGCUGUGCUCAAAUCACACGCCAUACAUACAGAGAAAUGACCAAGCUCAUAAUCAUCUUUUACCUCUGAGGGUCAGAGAAUCUGCUCUCACACGAAACAGUCUUGCUCCCAUCCGUGACCACUGCACACACAGAUUUUCCUUACCACCUGACCAGGUCUCACAGGGAGUGAAGAAGUCCAAAUCCUCUUUAGGAGCAGGUCUGGCUGUACUUCCACCUCCAUAUGCGUCCAAACUGCACCGAGCCGGCAUUCCCCAAAGCCAGUCGCUCGGCUCCUUCCCGACGCCACUGACUGGAGAACCUUUACGAAACAUUCAAGUUCUUCCUGCCAUUCCUCCGCAGAGAAAACGCAGCCCAUCCCAUCCCAGAGUCACUCUGACAGGAGAAACCGAUUGCCUAAAAUAAGAGACAAAUUUAAAACUGUAAUACUGUUCAGCUUUUCAUUCAGAUCAUGAGGAUGCCUGUUUGAUAGAAACUUUGAGUCUUAACAAGGCUGUUUUUCAUACAGUUUUACAAUUAUGAUCUUUUUCUAUGGUAUGCACAUGGUUUAAAUUUGAACUGUAACAUUUACACAAUCUGUAAGCUUAUUGUUUACUGUUAAUAUUAAUAAAGAAAACUGUUAAAGAAUGGAAUCUAGUCAGAAAUAUAAUCAGCAUAAUAAUAAAAUCUUAAUUUGAUACUUUUAAAA